UAAAAGAUAAAGUUCGAGAUAUAAAAGCAAUGCACAAUUCAAAAAUUCAAGUAAAACUUGAAAGUUUCUUGUUCGCAAUUUUGUUAUUAUGACUCGAAUAACAGUUUUUCUUUUGUUAAUCGUGGCUAUGGUUUGUUGUUGUAGCGCAUAUCCUGAUAGAAGCGCGCAGAGUACAAACGAGGAAUGUCCCCUUAAUGAAGAAUUCACAAGUUGCGGCUCAGAAUGUGUCGAUACCUGCGAGAAAGCUCGUUCACCUGUUUGCAAUAUGAAAUGUUUUAUUGGAUGCCAAUGUAAACCUGGUUUCGUAAGAAACAGAGAAAACAGGUGUGUUUUGAUUCGUGAUUGUUAAAUAUUAAUAAAAUAAAAUAGAUAUAAAGAUAUAA